GUUUACAUCCAAGACCCAGUAAUCUCGGGAGUGUGUGUGCCAGUGGCGCUCGUCGAUUCACCAAGGGCACUCUCCUUUUCUCUCUCUCUCAUGGAACAAGACGAAGAAGAGCGACGAUGCAUGCCCCCAUAUUCUCUCUCAUCAACCCAAGCCCCUGUUCUCUGAACCUCUUCCCUUCCCUAACCCUAACUCUCUCUUUCCCCAAACUCAAACCACCUCCCAUGUCUUCUUCCCCUUUCAUAAACCCUACCCAGUUUCAGUGCCCCCAAACCCUAGCCGAAUGGCUCAAGCCUCGCCUCCCCUAUGAUCUCCAUUCGUGGGGCACUGUGCCGGGCACCAAGAACAUCACAAACCUAUGGCUCGAGCUCUUUCAUGGUGAAACCCUGAUCACUGACUCCAUCCCACCUACUCGAACCCUUAAUGUUGCCAUUGUCAAUGUUCGGAAUACUGAUGGUCAGCUCCUCUUAGAGGAGAAGCAGGAGAUGAGCGAUGGGAGCGUUCGGGAGAGGAUGAGGCCUCUUUCAGAGAAAAUGAAGCCUGGAGAGAGCAUAGAGGGGGCGGCUAUGAGAGCGAUUAGGGAAGAAUUGGGGUUUGCUUUGGGUUCAUUUGAUGGUGUCAAGAUAGUUAAGGAGACUUAUAAGACGCAGGUUGAGGAGAAGGUUUCAGCUUCGUAUCCUGGUUUGCCUGCUCGCUACGUACUUCAUUGUGUUGAGGCGAGAAUUGAUUGCUUGCCUAAUGGAGAAUUCUUCACAGAGGAGGGAGAGUAUGAGGGUUUAAGCUUUGCAGAGGAUGCUGUUCGAGUGAUACGGCAUUACUGGAAAUGGGUCCAAUCAAGCAAGGAUGCAGCAUCUGGAAAUUGAUGUUCAGAUCAAGGAGAAGUUAUGGUUGAAUGUGUAAUGAAGCAACAGGUUCUCCCACAAAACAGUUCAUUGGAGAAUGUGGAGUUACAGAUAGGGAGUUGAAGCCUGAAGCGGAGAGCCUCAUAUAUAUGUAAGCGAAGAAGUACUAAUGGUAGAAGUCCUGUAAUAAUUCUUGAGUUUGGUGGAGUCCUCAUUUUGGCGGAAAUUAAGUGUUUAAUUAUGUUUAAGACCAUCCUUCGAUGCUAUAUCUUACCUUUACGAUAGUAAAGGCUGCUCUCAAAUAAAGGAUGAUAUUUUAAUUCAGAGAGUUGGGAUCCUUUAUAUCAAUUAUGUUUAGCAUGUCAAGCUAGCCUGGUGCUCUUUUCUAAAGUCCUAGGUUUAGAAUAUAGAGGCACAUAACUGAUCAAAAUAAUAAAUAAAGUAUAGACAAACAUUGUAUAAUUAUAGAGGUUGACGUUGUGCUGCGACUUAGAAGUGCUUUGUGGGU